GAAGUGGCGAAUGAUUCCCCAUCGAGCAUUGCACCUAGAAAAUGGUGUGAUACGCUCUGUCGUGAAACCAUCAACCUUCAUCUUUUCUAAGCACACAAUACCCAUCAGAAGUGGCCGCCGACCUCUCAGCUUCCUCGAGGCUACCGCGUCAGGGUCUCGGCUCAACAACUCCGACUUUGAGUCUGUUGCAACCAUACAGAAAGCCCUCCCGAACGUCUUUGUUGCCCGAGAGGUGAAGCCGCCUAUCGAAGUAGCUGUACCCGAGCCUGAAGUAGACACCAUGAACGCUCAGAAAGAGGCAGAGCUGUUGGCUAUGCAGCAUAUCCUAGGUCUCAAGGAUGCAUCUGACGAAGCAGUCAAGAUCAAGCCUAAGGAGCUCGAAAGAUUACAACGUCUCAAAGCAGCCGAUCCUGUUUUUGUCUGUAUUGAUCUCGAGGCAUUCGAGUUUGCCCAAAACAAGAUCACAGAGGUUGGUAUAUCCGUACUAGACUCUCGCCACCUUGCAGGCAUCGAUCCUGGUCCCGAUGGGAACGAGUGGCUCUCCAAGAUCAAUACUCGCCACAUACUUGUCAAGGAACACAAACAUCUGGUCAACAAGAGAUUUGUUCAUGGCUGUCCUGACAAGUUCAACUUUGGUACUUCCGAAGUCGUCUCGUUAAAGCACAUCCAUAAGACUUUGACUCAAAUAUUCAACAAUCCUUCAUCCAGCUCGCUACUAGCAUCUGACUCAGGAUCGAGGAACCUCAUCCUCGUUGGUCACGGUCUCUCCAAUGAUACUGCAUACCUGAGUAAGCUCAAUUUUGCCCCCCAUGCCAAAGGCAACAUUAUUCGGGAUGUCGAUACUACAAAGUUCGUUGGUACAAAGAAGCAGACUGUUGGCCUGAGCAAUCCGGGCAAAGAAACUCGCUCAGGAGAAGGAGGAUGCCGCCAAAGGCGUUCUGCCACAAAUACUCAAGCUUGGGCAGCAUACUGUAGAGCCAGCUCUACCUGCGGCACCCACGAUCGCAGCCUUGUUGUAGGCGAAAGCGUUGAUAGAACGAGGGCGGCAGAAUCCCAAUGGCAAAACAAGGCCAACGCAGGUUCCGAGAUCGAUCAUGCAGCCCUCAACUCUUCUUCGAGAAAGAGGAAGAGCUCUGAUGUUGAGCCUGUUGUGAGUGAGAAUCAGGUUCAUUUGAUCACGAAAAGUGAACUGCAAAAUGAACAAACGGUCGAGACUAUGACCUCACCUCCCACCACAAGCGAUACAGGAUCAUCGCUUCGCAUAAUCAGAGAAGCGACUAGAGAUCCUCGCGAUUUCUUCGCUCAUGCUCGUGCACAGAAUUCAGCUUCCUCUGAGACUGCCGUGUACGGAAACGAACAUGAGCAACAACCAUUUGUUCCUGAACCGCCUUCGCAACCAGAUAACACAUUUAUCAGAAAGGUCCAACACACAGACCAACAAUCGUUUGUUUCUGAUGUACCUUCGUGGACUGGUGUUCCAAAGAUCAGGAGGGUCAAAGUCACAGAUCCACAAACAAUCGUUCCCGAUGUACCUUCGCAGAAUGAUACCUCAUUCAUCAGGAAAGUCAAAAUCGAAAAGACCGAGAUGCCACUCGAUUUUGACAAAGGUGCUAAAGCUGCGGAAGCUUCCCGGCCGCCUGCCUCCUCCAAGAUUCGCACGGUAGCAACAGGCCAAGCGAAGGAUGUUCAGCAACCAGCUCGUUACCGAGCGAUAGGACAUUAUCUAAGGGAAGGCCAGGCUGAGCAACCACGAGCUCCAUCUGAGUCCCCACAGUCCUUCGAGCAAAACAAUAGA